AUUUACUCCAGUCAGCCAUAUUAAACAUGAGGAACAGCUUUGAAUAUGGCUGUGAUCCUGAACGCCUACCCUCCGUGCCCACGGACAACGUAUGAGAGGAGAAUUGAGAAGUGCAGCUUGGACAUAAGAGAGCUUGAGAAGCAGCCCCCCUCAUCAGCCCUACCAUCUGUUCAGACUUCAGCCAUGGCAACAUUCCUCACCAUCCUUCCACUCCUAUUAUCACUGCAUCCCCUCCUCUCGAGUGCUGCGCCUCGAGACACUCUACUGCUGGGAUCCUCGCUCUCCGUCGACAAGGACCAGACUGACAUCCUGCGCUCGCGGGAUGGCACUUUCACCUGCGGCUUCUACAGCAUCUACACCAACGCCUUCACCUUCUCGAUAUGGUACACCCACUCGAGCAAGACUGUCGUCUGGACUGCGAACCGCGGCCGCCCUGUGCACGCCAGGGGGGCGGCAGUCACUCUGAAGAAAGGCAGAGCCUUGGUUCUCACUGACUACGAUGGUGCGGUGGUAUGGCAAGCCGAAGGCGACAACUCAGCAGGCGUGCAGUAUGCCCAGCUCCUGGAUACUGGGAACCUUGUCAUGAAGAACUCCAGCAGCAUUGUGUGGCAGAGCUUUGAUUCACCAACAGAUACCCUGCUUCCCACCCAGCGCAUAACUGCAGCUACCAAGCUGGUCUCCACUACAGGAUUGCAUGUUCCAGGGCACAACAUAUUCCAUUUCACAGACUCCUCGAUAUUGUCCCUUUUAUAUGACGAUGCCGAAGUUCAUGAAAUAUAUUGGCCAGACCCUGACAAUGGGGAGUAUCAGAAUAACAGGAAUCGGUAUAACAACACAAGGUUUGGGGGUCUAGAUGAUAUCGGAAAUUUCUUUUCGAGUGAUUUCGCCAACCAGCAAGCACUUGUUGCCUCUGAUCAAGGUCUUGGGAUCAAAAGAAGGCUCACUCUGGAUCCUGAUGGCAAUCUCCGGCUCUACAGCUUGAACAGUUCAAAUGGGGGAUGGUCGGUUUCCUGGAUUGCAAUGUCUCAGCCCUGCAAUAUUCAUGGUUUCUGUGGUCCAAAUGGGAUCUGCCACUACUUGCCUGCACCUACAUGCUUUUGCCCACCAGGUUAUGUGAUGAGCAACCCUGGGAACUGGAGCCAAGGCUGUAGUCCUCAAGUAGACAUUAACUGUACUGUUGACCAAGUGCAACCUGUCCAGUUCGUGCCACUUCCAGGCACUGACUAUUGGGGAUCUGAUCAGCUGCAUCGUGACCAGGUAUCCUUGGAGGCUUGCAAGAACAUAUGUAGGAGCGAUUGCACCUGCAAAGGCUUUCUGUACCAGCAAGGAACAGGGUCAUGCUAUCCAAAGUCUUCCCUUUUCAAUGGGAAGGCAUACACGCCGCCUGACAAGUCAUAUCGCACAAUGUAUCUCAAGCUCCCCAUGAGUGUUAAUAUUUCAGGCAUCUCUGUUCCCCGAAUUGAUUUGCUUGUUUCAAGAGAGUACCAUCCUGAUUGUAGACAGAUGAGCAAUAAAAUGCCGGUGGAACCAUUUCCGGAGAUUCACAAGACCAGUCAGGGGGAAGCAAAAUGGCUCUACUUCUACGGGUUUGCAGAAAUACAGGCAGUUGAGGAAGGGUACAAGGUGAUGGCUAGCAACUUCAGAAGAUACAGCUACAAAGAGUUGGUGAAGGCAACCAGAAAUUUCAAAGAUGAGCUUGGAAGAGGAGGCUCAGGGAUCGUCUACAAGGGAAUCUUAGAUGAUAGUCGAGGAGUGGCUAUUAAGAUGCUGGAAAAUGUAAGGCAAUGCGAGGAGGAGUUUCAAGCAGAGUUGAGCAUAAUUGGGAGGAUUAAUCAUAUGAAUCUAGUAAGGAUAUGGGGGUUUUGCUCUGAAAGCUCACACAGGAUGUUGGUCACCGAGUAUAUUGAGAAUGGAUCAUUAGCUAACAUCCUAUUCAAAGGCAACAUUCUGCUAGAGUGGAGGCAGAGAUUUAAUAUUGCGUUAGGUGUAGCGAAGGGUUUGGCUUAUCUUCACCAUGAAUGUCUUGAGUGGGUAAUACACUGUGACGUGAAACCGGAGAACAUACUCUUGGAUCAGAAUCUAGAACCCAAGAUUGCCGACUUUGGGUUGGCGAAACUGUUGAACAGAGGUGGAACCGAUCAGAAUGUGUCACGAGUGCGAGGAACCAUAGGCUACAUCGCUCCAGAGUGGAUCAGCAGCCUUAAGAUCACGGCCAAAGUUGACGUGUAUAGCUAUGGGGUUUUGCUUCUUGAGCUACUGUUGGGUAAACGAGUUCUCGACCUGGCUGUAGGUGCCGAUGAAGAGGUGCAUAGGGUGCUCAGGAAGCUUGUAGGAACGCUUGCUGAUAUGUUGGAUAGAGAGGAACCCUCUUCAAUCGCCGAGGUUGUGGAUUGCAGGCUGAACGGACAAUUCAACUACACGCAGGUAAGGACACUGAUCAGAUUGUCUGUCUCAUGCUUGGAUGAAGACAGGAACAAAAGGCCAACUAUGGAAUCUAUAGUGCAGAUGCUACUUUUAGCUGAUGAAAAUCUUGCAGCAUAAGCUAGGUGAUGAUCUACGUAACAAAUUGCCUACAGGUGGAAACACUUAGCAGGAUGUGAGUUACUGUAAUGCAAUUAUCAGGUUACGUUAUUGCAUCGCUGCAUAUUUCUCAUAUAUGUAUGGUCAUUUCUUUGGUUUUAUAUCGAUUGCUGAUGUUCUGCAUGCUGAUAGCAAGACAUAGUUGAUCAGUUCAUGCAGCUUCAGUUAGAUCUAAUUCAAAACUCCUAGCAUAAGGAGUAAGAAGUUUUAUUCUCACCAACAGGGAUAUCUUUUCUCUAGAAUAAUACUUCCAAGGAUAAGAAUUUGUUAUUAGCUACAUUAUCUUUUGUUGGUUGUGCCCUGUACUGUUUGAUG